AUGUCUCCGACAGACGACAAAGAAUUGAUUCCUGAUAUUUUGGAAUUGGAACCGACUUUAGAGGAUUUGACGGCGAACACCAUUAUUGUUGAUGGCUGCCCCAUAGUCGGGAAAGAGAAAUUCGAUCUGCUAAAGAAUGUCUUACUUAAAAAGUUUUCGGCUAAUGGCGAGAUUAUCUUUAGUAGCUUGCCGACGAACGAUGAGGGGCAAACUCGCGGGUUCAUGUUCAUGACCUACGCCUCACCUGAGGGAGCUGUCAAAGCCGUAAACGAAAUGAAUAAUUUGGCCCUUGACAAAGCUCACACGCUUCUUGUUACGAGUCUUCCAGACUUUUCAAAAUGUACAGGCAGUCGAAAGCAAUGGGUGCCCCCUGAGAAGAAACCUUAUCACGACGUGGGUAAUUUACGCAGCUGGCUUUUAAACGAAUUCGCUCGAGACCAAUUUGCGUUGCUGUACCAAGAUGGUGACAAGUGCUCCAUCUUUUGGCACACGAAUUCUGAAGAAAUCCUCGUUGAACAACGGGAUGACUGGUCGGAUGGGUGGAUUCACUGGUCUCCGUACGGCACUUACCUCGCCACCAUGCACCCACAAGGUGUAAUACUUUGGGGUGGAGAUAAAUUUGAACGAGUCGGUAGAUUCGCGCACCGUGACGUCAGAAUGCUUGAUUUCUCUCCCCAUGAAAAAUUCAUGGUGACUCUGAGCCAAAAUGUUGAGGUACGCGAAAAGCAGAACUCUUCGCUGUGCGACGUGGUCGUUUGGGAUGUGCGCAAAGGUACAGCAUGUCGCAAUUUCUCCGGUCCAAUAACCUCCUGGCCUACUUUUAAGUGGUCCCAUGACGAUGCUUUUGUGGCGGCUUUACAGGGCGGUAAAAUCUACGUUUACGAAACUGAGGGUUUCAAGUUGUUGAAUACGAAGCCUAUCGUCAUGCCGGUUAACAUUAAUGACUUUGCUUGGUCUCCAACUGAUAAUAUUAUCUCUUUCUGGACGCCAGAAACCAACAACACACCCGCUAGGGUUGCCCUCAUUUCCAUUCCGACGCGUAAAGAAUUGUGCACUAAGAAUCUUUUCUCAGUGGCUGAAAUCCAGUUACUCUGGCAUCCUCAGGGUGACUUCCUCUGUGUUCAGGUCCUCCGUUGUAAUAAAAAGAAAAUUGAGGACGGUCAAGUGAAGUAUCUUGGCACAUUUGUGAAUUUUGAAAUCGUGCGCGUGCGGGAGAAGCUCUAUCCGAUUGACCAGGUCUCCGUGAAGGACGCAGCGUCGGUGACCUGCUUUGCUUGGGAGCCCACUGGCAGCCGCUUUGUGUACAUCGCCACGGACAGCGCUGGGAAAAUCACCAUCCCCCUAUACGAGUUAACAAAGUCUGGGAAGGUCAGCGAAGUAACCAUCUUUGACAGAGGUAACUCUCGAAUAAACGAACUGCGAUGGUCGCCGAAAGGAUCAACAUUUGUUGUUGCCAACCUACUGACGGCUGAUGCAAGCAUUGAGUUCAUUGAUGCCAAUGACUGUCAGUCGGUGGCAAAGGUAGAACAUCCAAUGGCUAGUGAGCUUCAUUGGGAUGGGACGGGUCGAUACCUUGCUUCAGUAGUCACGUGGUUUAAGCAGAAAUCGGAUAAUGCUGUCUGGUUCUGGAACUCCGUCGGUCGCCCACUCUACCAGAAGAAGGUCACUGGCCUUCACAUAUUCGCCUGGCGACCUUUUCCACCGACUCUUCUCUCUCCUGAGCAGAUUCAUGCCAUAAAGAAGAGCCUGGCUAGUAAGUACUCGGCACAGUUUGACGCCGAGGACAAGAUGCUUGCAUCGAAGGCAAGUCGUGAGGUAAUGGAGCGUCGAAAGAAGCUCACCUCAGAAUUCACCGAUUGGCGAACUAGCUUGCUUUCACGCUACUCCGCUGACAAGGCGAAACGCGAUAAGCUUCGUGGGGUCGAUACGGAAAAGCAGGCAGACAAGGAAACUGAAGAAGAGUUGGAAUUCCUUGUGAAAACCUCUAGAGUUGUGGUUCGACGCGAGUCUUAG